AUGAAUCAAUUCCGAUCAUUAGUGAGGAACAAGGCGCCUAACAUUCGCAUACAAGAUCAAAUGCAAGACCAAGUGAGAACGUUGGAUAGAAAUUUCACUCGUAGCCAGUUUAAUGGUACGGCGCAAAAUAAUGCUGUACCUAACAUGUACGGUACAUAUAACAGAGCACAUGGAAGACAAGAAAAACCAACGGUAGCUACGUUGAGUCAAGUACAGGGUAGCGAUCCUAAUCUAUACGCUGUUACGGAACUUUAAGCGACCUAUUAAUAACACCAAAAGAAAAAGAA